AUGAAAGGGAUUCCUCCCAAGUACACGAUUGUGGACGUGGACAAACAGUCAAAUCCUUGGAUCUUCUACGUCCAGGUCACGGUGGCGGACGUGACUGCGGUGGGACUCGGCUUGGACAAGAAGGGCGCUAAAAGGAAUGCGGCUUCCAAAGUUCUCAAUACGUUUGGAUACAACUUUUUAGUCAAGGAGCCAGAGCCAAGACCCAAAGAAGACAUCACAUCUCAACAGAUAGAGACUGAUGUUCUUAAGGAGGUCCCCAAGGACGAGCCACAACAGGACCAGGAAUGUUCUGUAGCUCAAGACGACCCCAUCCAGACAGAGGAGACCCAGUCCCCAACAGAGGACACAUCUGUGGACACAUCUGCUGCUGCCCAAGACGAAGCAGCAGAGGUUUUCCUGAAUGACACUGAGGAGGAGGUUCAGACACCUCCUGAGGAGUUUGUGUUUGUAGAGUCCCCUGAAGACACUGCUACUGAUGGUGUUGAUCAGGCAGAACUUCUGAGGGAUCAGGAACAGUCACCAGUACUCACACAGACUGUAAGUGAGGAGGUAACGAUUUGUGAUGUUCCCCACGAUGCCAGCACAACUCAAGAGACUGAGACUGACGUCCAUGAGGAGGUUCAGGACACAUCUGUUUUGUCUUCUACUGCUGCUCAAGACAAAGUAGUAGAGGGUUUCUUAGAUAACAUUGAGGAGGAGGUUCAGACACCUCCCGAGGAGUUUGUUUAUCUAGAAACCUGCGAAGACACUUCUAAUGAUGGUGUUGAACAAGCAGCACUUCUGGACUCCAUCGAGGAGGAGGUUCAGACACCUCCUGAGGAGUUUGUGUUUGUAGGGUCCCCUGAAGACACUGCUACUAAUUGUGUUGAUCAGGCAGAACUUCUGAGGGACCAGGAACAGUCACCAGUACUCACACAGACUGUAAGUGAGGAGGUAACGAUUUGUGAUGUUCCCCACGAUUCCACACCAGAAAUGAACGGGUGGAAACAAGCAAACAAAACUCAAGAGACGGAGACUGAUGUCCUCGAGGAGGUUGAGGAGUCACAACAGGACCAAGAAUAUUCUGUUGCUGAAGACGACUUCUUUCAGACGGAGAAGAUCCAGACCCCAAAAGACGACACGUCUGUUUUGUCUUCUGCUGCUGCUCAAGACGAAGCAGCAGAGGUUUUCUUAGACAACAUUGAGGAGGAGGUUCAGACACCUCCUGAGGAGUUUGUGUAUCUAGAAACCUGCGAAGACACUUCUACUGAUGGUGUUGACCAAGCAGCACUUCUAAGUGACCAGGAUCAGUCACCAGAAGUCUCACAGACUGAAAACAAGGAGGUAAAAGUUCACAAAGUCCUUGAUCAGUCUGAGGAUGACCACACCACGAACUUUGAAGAAACAGAUGGAACUUUUGAAGACUUAACAACACUGACGACUCAAGAGACAGUGGUCACUGACACGGUUAGUGCUACGUCACAGCCUGACAUUAUCACUGAGGAUAUCUCUGAGUCUUUAGAAAGCAGUUCAUCAACGGACACGUUUACUGAACCAAGUAGGAUUUCUCCAACUGUCCUCAAAGGUUCCUACUUCAUCACCAACGCACUCACCCAAAAACUGUUCAUACUGGCUGGAUCCAAAGACCACCGUAACGCCAGUCUAAUGGGUGCCCGCCUGCAUUACAGCAUCAAGCAGCAGCUGGAGUUGGAUGAAAACUGCCAGAUAAAGCCAAAGAACUUAGAGAAAGUCGGUAAAGCAGCCGCCAAACGUCUCUCUGCAGAAUAUGGAUCGGCAGACGCAGUCCUGAGGGCGGCUCGAGAGGACGACACAGCUGCAUUUGAAGCGGCUGCAGGGAAACAUAUAAACGCUGAACUGAGAUCCUUCCAGAAGCGUCCCAAGUCUGCGCUGUCACGGCUCUUCUCCAGGAUGAGAAAGGCCUUCACCUUCUAA